AACGACUGCGGCCCUACAGUUCCACUGGUUCGUGUGUACGAAGCUGCCAGCUUGCAGUUCUCGGGGCUGGGCUACUGUAGUCUCUGCGAUCCCAGCACCGACGCCAGCUACACUCAGCUGCCGCCUGAACAUGGACUCCGCUAGCCAAGAUAUCAACCUGAAUUCUCCUAACAAAGGUGUGCUGUCUGAUUUUAUGACUGAUGUCCCUGUUGACCCAGGUGUGGUCCACCGGACUCCAGCUGUAGAAGGCCUGACAGAGGUGGAGGAAGAAGAGCUUCGGGCUGAGCUUGCUAAGGUGGAAGAAGAAAUUGUCACUCUGCGCCAGGUGCUGGCAGCCAAAGAGAGGCACUGUGGAGAGCUGAAACGGAGGCUGGGCCUCUCCACGUUAGGGGAGCUGAAGCAGAACCUGUCUAGGAGCUGGCAUGAUGUGCAGGUCUCUACUGCCUAUGUGAAAACGUCUGAGAAACUUGGAGAGUGGAAUGAGAAAGUGACGCAGUCUGACCUCUACAAGAAGACUCAAGAAACUCUCUCACAGGCAGGACAGAAAACAUCAGCUGCCCUGUCCACCAUGGGCUCUGCCAUCAGCAGGAAGCUUGGAGACAUGAGGGCUCAUCCGUUCUCACAAUCCUUUAGCAGCUACUCCAUCCGUCACUCGAUAAGUAUGCCUGUCAUGAGGAACUCUGCAACCUUCAAGUCGUUUGAAGACCGAGUGGGAACCAUAAAGUCUAAGGUUGUGGGUGGCAGAGAGAAUGGCAGCGAUAACCUCCCUUCCUCACCUGGAAGUGGUGACCAGACAUUGCCGGAUCAUGCGCCUUUCUAAGCCUGUCCUAGCUUGCCAGCCACAGAAUACAGAAGCACACCCUCAUCAUCACAGCUCCAACUCUGCAUGACAGAGCCACAAGCCAGGAACGGUGAAGAGCUGGCUGAGAAGACAGUCAUACCCAUGCUCAUGCAGAUGUCGCUGCCUUGGCAUGAAUUAGAGAACAGUCUUGUACAUUAAUGUUUUACACUAAAGUUCAUAGAUGAAGCAGGUCACUGUGCCAUCCUUUCCAGGGCCACAGGAAGUGGACAGGGUGGGGGCCUGAGGAGUACUGGGCAAGAGCCCAUGCUCCCUCUGAAGAUCUCACUAGAAUGUUGAGGGAGGAAGUGUCGGGUAUUAUGUGAACAAUGUUCCUUCCUGACCUUCCCUCGCUCAGAAGGAAUGCACUCACCUAGGUCAUAUUGCAUGGUCAGUUUUCAUACAGAUGAGGAAUGAGCGUUCUCUAUUUUCUGAGACCCUAGAAAGGAAACAUAAGCAACUGCUUCAUUCUUACACUAACAACCUGGCUUUGGCAGAAGCAGAUUCACUAUUUUUUAGAUAUUAUGGACUUUUCAAAAAUUAAAUAGAAAAAAAAGUGAGGCAAGACAGCUUCAGCCUCGUUGUUGAAUAUCAUUUCUUUGAAUUCAAGCUGAAACUCAAGCCUUACAUUGCCUUAUGCUUUGUUUAUAGUCUUUUUAUAUAUCUGUAUAAAUGAGGGUUCUUUAAUGGGUUAUGAUACUAUGUAAAAUUUUAUUCUGGCCCAUCUCAUAUUCUGCCAGUACCAGUUAUUACAUUUUAUUUCUCUAAUACUUUCUCCUGGUGUGCAAAACUUGGUUCUCUUAAGGAGUGGCAUUUUCCAAUAGAUUUCCACUCUGACCCACAGGACUUGUGUGCUGUGGGUCAGGAGAGCUGAGAGAAGGAAAAAAAAAAAAAGCCUUUAUCUUUAGCACCUGAAUGGGAUAUGCCCUGCACAGUGUUGCUUUACUGACAGUGGGCAGGCUCUGGUCCAUAGUUUCUGCCUGCCUGUCCUUACAUGGACAAUAAAUGAAAAGCAGAACCAACCUUGCAGGUCAGGUAGGGGAUGUGGUUUUGGUUCGGCCAGAACUCUGCUGUCAUCUUUUCUCAGGAGCUACAAAGAUUUCUAAGUUCCUUCCUCCUGCCUCCAAUUGCCACAUUCUGCAGCCUCUCAACACCAGGGUCUUGUGUGUUGAGAGUCAUGAUUUGGAGAGAGGGGCAGCACUGUGCCUUAAUGGCUCUUAGCAGGGCAAAGACUAUCUGUUGUGUGCACAUCUCUGCACUCCUAGGGUGAGGUGGAAUUUGUCAUUUUAGUUUCUGGUUUGAUACAGUGUGAUGUAUCUUGAUUAUCAAGUACCCCUGGUUUCUUUGGACACCCUUAGAAUACUGUUCCACACAAAGCAAGGAACAGCAAGUAACUGGGGAUCUGAAGAAUAACACAUUAUUGGUGUCUUCCCCUCCCCCCAGGGUUAAAAACAGUAGCUGUGUGAGGGAGCACAUUACAGGAGUGCAGGUCACUAAUGUAUCUUCCUACAAAUAUUAGCAGGCAAUUUGUCAAUAAAGCAUUCCUUUGGAGGAAAAUCCA